CAUCUAUAAAACCGAUUCCAUAUUCCGAGAGCUGAGGAAUUCUCUCAAGAUCCUAAUUUCUUAUUUUCUGGGUAUAAAGAAACCUAGGGUUUGGAGAAAUUUAUACGUUUUCUUUUGGUUAAUGCAACAAAAAUCAAUCAAAGAUCAAAUAAAAAUAUAUUGACUUCUUGAUAGAAAUGUACAUUCCUCGGUUGGACAUUAUGCUUGGUUGGUUGCGUUCCAGACUUGAGCAGCUACCUGUUUCUGCAGAAAAUAUUCCAUCUAAUCUGCAGCCUGAAGAAAUUGAGUUUCUCCGUAAGUAUAUAAAAGGCUUGGAAAAAGAACAAUCUUUCUUGCAAAGAUCAGAAAUUCACUGUAGUUACUCUAUGGAUGACGUGAUUCGUUGGGAGAAACGACUUGUUGGAAAUAUGAAUAUGCCGAAUCUCAUGGCAGAUUUUCAAUCACCUGGUGACCAGCGGUCGUUGUUGCAAAUUCCUCAACAGAAAGCCGGAACACCUUUGCAAUCUACAAAUUUACCUUCCUCUACACUUUCUUCUUGUACACCUUUGGCUUCAUCUGAUUUACCAGCAUCAGUAGAUGGUACGAGUUCUAGAGGUACAAGCACAGAUGUGCAGACUGAGAUAACAAAUAAGUAUAAUUUCAUGAAAGAAGCGUACAUUCCUCUGUUGGACGAAAUGCUUGCUCGGUGGGGUUGCAGAAUUCAGCAGCUGCCUAUUUCUUCAGAAAAUCUUCCCUCUCAUCUGCAGCCUGAUGAGAUUGAGUAUAUCCGAAAGUAUAAAACAAAUUUGGAAAAAGCACGAUAUAUGUUUCAAAUGUCACAAGGUCCUCGUGGCUCUAUGGAUGAUGUAAUUCGUUGGGAGAAAAAAAUUGUUGGAUAUCUGAAUUUGGCGAAUGUCAUGGCAGCUGUUCAAUUACCUGGUGACCUGUUGUCACAGUUGCAAAUUCCUCAACUUAAACAGCAUGACAGCAACCAGAACAAUCCUGAGAAGUCAGUUUCAACACUAACGCCUAUAGAACGAUUAGUUAGAGCGGUAGAGAGAUCGUCACCUAAAGCAUUAAGUGCGGCGGUCAAGGACAUUCGUUCAGUAGUCAGUAUGACUGAUGUAUUCGCAGGAGCACACCCUGGCGAAGGUUUUUUUCAUGAAAAGUUAGCGUCUACCACAAGGGGUCAUGUCGAAGGUAGAAAUUUCCAAGUAAUAAACAAUGUGGACGAAAAGAAACUGAAGCAAUGCUAUUCAGUUGAAAGGUGGGUACUUGAUUAUAAUGAAGAUUAUGGGGUAACUGGAUUUGAGUCUUCAGCUGCAACAUCUGGAAUUAAGAAAUCCAGACUUGAGGUUAAUCAUGUCCUUGUGCAAGAAGUUGGAGCGACCAACCAUGUGCUGAUCAAUACAAAACUGAGUAUUAGUGACGAGAGUAUCACUCUGCCAUCAGGUGCUGGUGAAGAUGUUGAAGGAAUGAUUGUCAACUGUACAUUCAGCCCAAUAUCUCGCAGUUCAAGUACUGAAAAGUUUCCUGCUCUACCGAUGUGGUUCUUAAUCCCCGCAAAUUAUCCCCUGUGUACCCCUGUACUAUUAGAUUGUUUGCACGACAGUCAGAGUCACAGUUAUGAAUACGAAUAUCUAUUAACAGAUGCAAAGAAUAAGUUAUAUAAAUCCCUCCACUGGAUUCCUGAUCUAACUCUUACGGGGAUGGCCGAGAGUUGGGAUGCUUGUGCUAAUGCAGCUUUUUCUGAGCAUGCCAGAAGAAUGGAGAAGUAUGCUGUAGUUCCUGAUUCAGUACUUCGGGAGAAUGAACAUUUGUAGGACUUACUCGACGGAGUUGGGAAUUAGAACUUACACUUUCUGCUGUGUGGCAAUGUAUUCCUUUUUUACAAUUUCAGUUCUUGUAUAUGCUGCUACUGUUACUUGUAAUUAUCUGCAAAGUUGUUUUGAAACAGUCAAGUAGUUAAGAGUGUAUUGUGGGUGUAAGUAUCUACAGUUUUGGUGGGUGCUAUAAAACAUAAAUGGGAGGUAAUCAUCCCUUUUCUUGGU